AUGAAUCAGUCUGUAGCCGUCACUGCUAUUCAGCAUGGGAUCUGCCCCUCGCCAUUCAACUUCUCCAUCUCCAAUAACCCUUCCCAGACCCUAGCUACGCUAAUGAGCCAUGCGCAAAAGUACAUUAAUGCAAAAGAAGCACAAGCACAACUGCGGGAUGAGGAAGAAAGGCUUGACAGAAAGGGGAGAGACAAAGAGGAGCGGAAGUUAGAAAGAUCAAAUCGGGAUCACAAGAGACAAGACCGUAGACCCGACCACAUACCACGGACACCGCCACCGACCUAUCGGAACUUCACGCCACUGAACAUACCACUGUCUAAAGUUCUGGUGCAGAUUCAUGACCAUAGUUAUGUUCGAUGGCCCGAGAAGAUGAAAACACAAGGCAACAAGAGGAACCACGACAAGUAUUGCAAAUUCCAUAGGGACCAUGGCCACGACACAGAGAACUGCUUCGACUUGCGCAACCACAUCGAGGACCUGAUCAGGCACGGGUACCUCGGUGGGUUCAUCGACAAAAGCGAGAAGCCAACGCAGCAGGAACAACGCACAGAGAUUGCUCGGCCACCGCCUCGAGCUCCUCCCGCUAGUGCGAUCCACGGACACAAGAAGAAGCGCAACCAGCUAAUCACCUUCACCAAUGAUGAUCUCCGAGGAGUUCAGGCCCCGUACGAUGAUGCCUUAUUAAUCACAGCCGAGGUUGCCAAUUUCGAGAUGCGACGAAUUCUAGUUGACACAGGUAGCUCCACUGAUGUGCUCUUUGAUGAUGCAUUCGAGAAGCUCGGCAUCGACAAAGAGUAG